UCUGGGAUCUCUGUCGUGGUAACACCUAACAACUUUUCUGUGUCUUUGGUUACAGCUACGUGUAUGUUUUCCCCACUGCCCCACUCUCCGACCCAACGGUCGCAUAUUUUUAAAAAAUUCCAACGGCUGCAAGCGUUCCACGAAUCCUGUUCCUUGCAUUUGGCCCAUUUGAUAUCUCCCUCACAAAUAUCUUUGCAAAGGAUAAGGUGCAUAUAAAAGGGGCUUCUCAAACAUCCCCUCCCUUAAAAUCACAACCAAUGGCCAUACGGAGCUUAGAUCUUUCUCAGACUCCUCCCUCUCCCCUCCCACCCAAGAAACCUGCCACCAAAAUUCCACCAUCAAACUCCCUCCCCCAUCUCCUAUCCCUCACCUUCUUCACCAAGAAGCAAAGAAUCUUCCUCAUUAAUUGCUCCAAUUCUCUUUCUUCGCCUCUUCUCGAAGACCCAUCCAGUGAUCUCCAAAUCGUCCCACUCGCCACCGACGAGCCUAAUGGAUUCAUACGGCGAUUAUCGGAGAACCCUCAGACUGAAUCUCCGGCGUUUGAAUACUACCAGAAGGCCAGAGACAACCCGAAUUUCCGACCCGAUCGGAAAACAUUAAAUCUUUUGACCAAUCGACUGCUCAGGGAAAAGCAAUGGAGCUCGAUUUCUCGUCUCGCAGAGGAUUUCAAGGCUUUCGACGUGUUUCCAGAUCAGCGCACUUGCGCUCGACUGGUCAGGAGCUGCAUCAAAGCACGAAAGUUCAGGCUCGCCGAGUCUCUGCUCGGAAUUCUCCGAACCAAGAGAGGGGCCGCUGCAAUCUCCGCCUUCGGCUCCGCAAUGUACGGUUACAACAAGCUCCACAUGUACAGCAGCACGGUUUCGGUGUUCAAUAAAAUGAGGGCCGCUGAUCUGCAUCCCAGCGCACUCUCUUUCCGGUGGAUCAUGGAAGCGUGUCGAGAAAUGGGCGAUACCGAAAUGGUUCUUUCUCUUCUCCUCGAAUACAGAUCCACGAAAACAGAUGAUCCGGCUCUCUCCGUUAUAAUCUAUUUGAUCGUGUGUGAUUCGUUAGGAAGGUCGGGGAGAGCUUUCGAAGCUCUUCGAUACGUUAGAGAGAUGGAAGAAGAGGGAAUGUCUCCGAAUUCUUCGAUCUACGCAUCUCUAAUAAGCUCUUUUGCAGGUGUUAAGGAAGCCGAGAUAGCGGAAGAUCUCUUCCGAGAAGCUCGAGAAAGGGGAAUGGUGAGAGACCCAGCAGUCUUUCUGAAGCUAGUGACGAUGUACGUGGCAGUCGGGUCGGCGGCGAAAACAGUAGGAAUUGUGAAGGAGAUGAGGGAGAUUGGAUUAAAGGUGUCAGAUUGCGUAUUGUGUGCUGUUGUUAACGGCUUUGUCAAGGAAAGAAGGCUUAGGUCUUCGCUCAGAGCAUUUGAGGAAUUGAUUUCCUUAGGAUGCGAGCCGGGCCAAGUUACAUAUGCCUCAGUAAUCAAUGUGUAUUGCCGCCUCGGACUCGCCCCGAAGGCCGAGGCUUUGUUUUCAGAGAUGAUGGAGAAGGGUUUCGACAAAUGUUUAGUCGCCUACUCUAACAUGAUUUCGAUGUACGGGAAGAUGGGAAGAGUAUCGGACGCCACGCGACUUUUGGCUACAAUGAAACAAAGAGGAUGCGAGCCGAAUGUUUGGGUGUAUAAUUCUCUUUUAGACAUGCACGGUAGGCUGACGAACUUGAGGCAGGUGGAGAAACUGCGGAAGGAGAUGAAGCGAAGGAAGAUAACGCCAGAUAAGAUCAGCUACACGAGUGUAAUUGGCGCAUACAGCAAAGCAAAGAAGUUAGACGAUUCCGUCGGUUUAUAUCAUGAGUUUAGGGACGGCGGGGGAAAAGUCGAUAGGGCCUUGGCUGGUAUUAUGGUUGGAGUCUUUUCGAAGAGUAGUAGGUUUGACGAGUUAAUCGAAUUGCUGCGGGAGAUGAAUACGGAGAAAACUGGGCUCGAUAGAAGGCUGUAUGAGUCCGCCUUGAAUAGCCUUCGAGAUGCAGGGCUUCAAGUUCAUGUGCGGUGGCUCGAGAAUAGUUUCGGUUUCAAGGUAGAUGAGACUUGACAUGCAUAUUUCGACGCAAGGUUCGAUAAAUUUUCUCUCGGUAUGGUGCCCCGGAUCAUAAACAGGAUCUAGCAUGCGAUUUUGGGUUAAACAAUUACAGCUAAAAAAACCAUGAAUGGUUAUCUGAAAAUGCGGAGAACACGACAAUGUACUAAUGUUCAAAGGAAAGUAAAAUCUCAAAUAACACGCAUUGUGGUGAUUUUUGAUUUUACGACAAACUAAGUAAUACCUGCAAUUACGAGUUACGGAACUUCUGCAAUAUAUAGGCCUGUAAUUUUUCAGAUGAGAUUCAAUACAAAAUGUAAGAUGGUAACCUGAACUAUGGAGCAGAGAAUAUUAUUGCACCAUUCUCUAUUGAAAGCUUACAUUAUUACUCUUUA